UUCUCAGCCAUGCUUCCCUCUUCCCAUCUCCGCACAAACACCGAAGAGAAACGCGACUGUGACACGGCGUUACUCUCUCAACGCGAGGAGUCACAGGUCACGCGCAAACACGACCCGCGUCUGUCACGUGCCAAUAACGCGUUGCGACGCGUUUAUUAGGCGGAGUCUGAAUAGCGCGACAACUCCGCCGCUGGUUUUAAGAUCCUGCGAGCUCAUUAACCCUCUUCACUCCUUCGACCAUCGCCUGAGCUUGUCUGCCGUCUUUUGUAAGAUAUCUUAGCCAUGCAGACUCGUUCAUCUACCCGUAGCUCUGUCCUCGGCAAACGUCACGCUGAGAGCACCGCUAAAUGUGACGUAGCGGACGAGUAUUCGCCUCUUACUCCAGAGGCUUCUCCCAACCCGAAACGUAUCAAAACAUCUUCAUCCGCUUUGGAUGAUGGCUCUAAUAAGGAGAAUAUCCCACCGUUGAGGGGUCAGGUCCUCAACGGUUCGCCUUCGCGAACGCGGUCAUUAAGAAGGACAUCAACUGAAGGUUCUGUAGCAUCUGUGCGAAAUAGUGAGUUCGCAACAAAAACACACUUCGAGAUAUGCACUAACAUGUCCAAAGCUCCUCGCAGACAUGCAUCCAUGUCCAGCCUCGUCACAACGCCGCGUACGCCGGCCACGGCGCUAUCGCGUCCAUCUUUAAUUACACCUCCUUCAACUCCCUCUACACUCCAAUCUGUUGCUGCAAAGUGUCGUGCUUUGCUCAGAGCGACUUGCAACAAUGCUUCAUCUAUUGCUGGACGUGAUGCUGAACGUGAUGAAAUUAUAAAAUUCCUUCAACCUUUCCUUCAAACCGGCGUCAGUUCCGAUAUUGCCGGGGACCAACAUUCGGUACUCUAUAUUUCGGGUUCACCAGGUACCGGCAAGACUGCACUUGUCAAUGACGUUUUGCGUACCAUGGCUGCCGACCUUGCGGAUGAUUCUGUCAACUUAUUCACCGUGAAUUGCAUGGCCCUCGGUAAUGUCGAAGCUUUAUGGGCUACUCUUAUACAAGCGCUCCAGGGCGGUAAAGUAAAACCGAACAAAGGACGGAUCAACAAGGACACAUCGCGUCAAACACUUGAGCAUCUGCUCAGUACACGACAAUCAAAAUGCAUUCUCUUCCUCGAUGAGCUUGACCACAUUGGGUCUUCGGCCCAAGCUCUCUCUGCUUUGUUCUCCAUGAUCCAUGAACACUCUUCGUUCAUUCGCUUAAUUGGCAUUGCGAACACGCAUACCCUCACUUCCUCUUCCUCCAAUACUUUGGCUGCUGGCUUCACCGAGCACGUCAAAACUUUGCACUUUACUCCCUACACCUCUCAACAACUCAAUGCGAUCCUUCAGGCGAGGCUCGAGCCUUUAUUCACUUCAGAGGUGGUUGCCAAUUCGGAGGACCCCAAGAAGUUCCUUUCACCAGCCACUUUGAACUUGUUGGCAAAGAAGAUCGCUUCACAGACUGGAGACGUCCGUGCGCUGUUUGAAGUAUUGCGAGGAGCGAUCGACAUCGCCGUCAGUGCUGGUUCUUCCUCAUUAUCGGCAUCUACUCCACCUGUGACUCCUUCACAUAUCCUCGAUGCUCUCAAGGCGUAUGCGCCAGCGGCUAAGGUGUCUCGCGUUGUCGAAGCGGAGCCUGCCAAGUCUGGCAACACCAAAGUUGUUGACAAUGAGACGACCUCAAAGAUUCGUAACCUCGGUCUUCAAGCCCGGGUCGUCUUUGUAGCGUUGGUUCUUGGAAGCAAACGUCAAGAACAAGGACUUUCACUCUCUGGCGGUGCCUCUACUGCUCGAACUCAACACUCUAAACGUUCCCCAUCCCCUUCUACUUCAGGGAACAUGGACGUCGGUCAACUUCACACUUACUACUCUACCAUUCUCGCGCGAUCCGAGUCAGGUCUCUUCACCCCAGUGUCUCGAAGUGAAUUCGGAGACCUUUUGGGAGUCUUGGAGACCAACGGUCUCGUCACCAUUAGCGCAAAUUCACGUGGGGGAAGUAAACUUCCCACUACACCUACCAAGUCUGGCCGUCGGGGUCUUGCGCGUUCUGGAUCUGCUUCAUUUACGCUUGGUUCGGGUGGGAGUCAGGAAGUUAGGCUUGCAGAAUCUGUGAGGAUGGAGGACGCUAUCCGUGGACUUGGUAUUGAUGAGAAGAAGGGUGACGAUGAUGUGAGAGAAGAGGAGGUCAGGGCUAUCUGGGGGAAGGAACGUGUUAAGAUCUCGAAAGAGGCGAAAGCACUGGCUGCUUCGUCUGUGUCUGAGGCGAAAAUGUUUGAAGAGGCUAUGGAGGAUUGAACAGUCUGACUCUGUCAUGAUCCUAGGCCGUUGUCGCCGUGUAUGUGCUCUGACUGUGUCUGGGGGGAAGUCGACUCUGCAACUGGUUCCCGUUUUUUCUUUCUUUCUUGCUUAUUGUCGUGAUGCUGGAUUCGGUUCUAUGCAGUUUGAUAUCUCAUUGCUUUGCUCAUCUCACAAGGAAGUCAUCGUUUUCUUUUCGUUCUCCUUUUCUUUCUUCCGAUAUCCUCAUCUCUACCAUAUGCAUGCUCAUCCGUCUUUUUUCUCGGUUUAUCAUCAUCACCCAUAUCUCCUAUAUCCCGUUCUUCCUGUCAUCGCAAUUGUGCAUAUUUGAUAUUCCCAUUCCGUCAUCGUCGUUGUACCGUUUCCAAACGAAUCGUAAUGUAGCCAUCGUCAGUUUCCCUUUGUUCUCGUCUCUGUUCGUAUUUCCAUGGCCUAUAUCCGUAUACAAAGUACCCCCUGUAGAUUCACGAAUGGAUCGUAUACUUGGAACCCAAAUGUCUCGUUGUAUCUGCAUAUUUAGCAUUCAACGAUAUACGAUGGAUGCGCAC